GUAAUCCUCUCAAAUGUAAGCACUGGCAGUGUCUACAAAGAGAGAUCGUGAGACGCUGAAGCAGAGUUUAGCUGCUGUUAAGCAGGUCAUCUGCUCACUAAGGCUCAGAUUGCAGUGUUCCCCAAUCACAAAACAUGAACCAGUCCCGAUGGAUUGAAUGGAGGACUCUGAAUAUGAGCAGUAGUGUUAUGAACAUAUCUGAGCAUCUCUCCUGCCCUCUUGGAUUUGGUCACUACAAUGCAGUUGACAUCUGUAUCCUUGAGACAGUUGUUAUUGUGUUGCUAACAUUUUUAAUUAUUGCGGGUAACUUAACUGUGAUAUUUGUUUUUCACUGUGCUCCACUUCUGCAUCAUUAUACCACCAGCUAUUUUAUUCAGACCAUGGCCUAUGCUGAUCUUUUUGUUGGAGUUAGCUGCUUGGUUCCUACUUUGUCACUGCUCCACUACUCGACAGGUGUCCACGAGUCCUUGACUUGUCAAGUUUUCGGAUAUAUCAUCUCUGUGCUGAAAAGCGUAUCUAUGGCAUGUCUUGCUUGCAUCAGUGUGGAUCGCUAUCUCGCUAUAACAAAACCUCUCUCCUAUAAUCAACUGGUCACACCUUGUCGCUUGAGAAUCUGCAUCAUUUUGAUCUGGAUAUACUCUUGUCUGAUCUUCUUGCCUUCCUUUUUUGGUUGGGGAAAACCUGGUUACCAUGGAGAUAUUUUUGAAUGGUGUGCUACCUCCUGGCUAACUAACGCCUAUUUUACUGGCUUUAUCGUGUGCUUACUAUACGCUCCUGCUGCCUUUGUCAUAUGUUUCACGUAUUUCCACAUCUUUAAAAUUUGCCGGCAGCACACCAAAGAGAUAAAUGAUCGGAGAGCUCGAUUUCCUAGCCACGAAGUGGAUGCUGCUGGGGAGACUGGGCACAGCCCCGAUCGCCGCUAUGCCAUGGUUUUGUUUCGGAUAACCAGUGUGUUCUACGUGCUGUGGCUCCCCUAUAUCAUAUACUUUCUGCUGGAGAGCUCUAGGGUGUUGGAAAACCCAGCACUUUCCUUCUUAACGACGUGGCUUGCUAUAAGCAAUAGUUUCUGCAACUGUGUGAUAUAUAGCCUCUCCAACAGCGUUUUCAGGCUGGGACUGCGGAGACUGUCGGAGACAAUAUGUUCAUCUUGUAUGUGCUUAAAAGACAGGGAUGUACGGGACCCUAAACCGAGAAAACGGGCUAAUUCCUGCUCCAUUUAAAGAAAACUGGCGCAUGUAAUCAAACGUGGAGUUUUGAUAGUAUUUGCUGUGUCUGGAAACUUGCCAGAAGAGAAAUGUUUACUUGAAUAGUUUGCUGUGAUGUUAGAGUGAGUUGAAAAGCAAUUGCGGAAAAGGAAAAGGCUGCUGUAAGAGGGGUCACCGAACUUGAAUAUAGCUCUUGUGAAAUUGUGGGGAGAGUGACUCGACAGAGAUGAUGAAGAAAGUCAGAACUAAAAAUCUUCCAAAGGGCAUGAAAUAACUAACACAUCAGAGGGGGUUCCUCAUAAAAUAAAUUAGGUACUACCUUAUAUUUUCCCCCUUGUAGAAAAGUUGUCUUACUAUCUUUGUGUCAGAAUAUACUGUAGCCUUCUGAAUUUAAAUAUAUUUAAGAGGAAACAAUCAACAACACAGUAAGUGGCUAUCCAUAAAUUAUAUACCUGAGGACUAUAGUAGAUAUUGCAGAUUAAUAAUCAGCUCUAUCUCUGCUCACGUCUUGUACAAUUUUCAGUUGUACAAAUGAACCGCAAUGCAUAACACCCUACACGGGGCAUGACGCUUUUGGAUAAAACGGCACAUUUUGGUACAACUUUCACAGAAGCUCUCCCUCUCAUUCCCCCCUGCCUUUUUUUUUUCCCCCCAUACUGUGCAUCCCUAGAUUCCAUCGUGUCCAAGUGGUUUAGUUUAAGGGCACCUACGAGGUAAACUGAGUUUCAGACCAUUCUUCCUGCAGAAAGCAAUAGCCCUUCCUGGCUGGCUGAGUAACUGCAGCUGCCUGUGUACGAUGACUUCUUUAAUCUUUCAUUCUCUUGAUCCUGUUAAAUUAGCACACAGUAUCGAUGUAGUGUCCUUUAGGGUGUACUAAAGCUUUUCCUUUAUUGGCUACACAGAUAAUCCUAACGCAAAUAUGAUAAUCGCACACAGCAGUGUGCAGCACUGCUUAGAAAAUUUAAAACUAACUAACCCUUUUCUUUGGGAAGUCUAAAUAGCUUACUGUUGUAGCUGUCAAUUCGUUGUGUGAACCUAGCUUGCACAUACUGUAUUUUUAUUUUUUAUUUUUUUUAGAGAAAACGUAAAUUGUGGUCUGUGCCUAAUGUUUUCAUAGCACAUGGAAUAGGUCAAUGCUACAGGAUUAAAAAAUUACACUUGCUUUAAGAGAAAUACUUCUGUGCAGUUGUUGAAUAGCUGUUUGUUAGACAAGUGUUCUUGGAGGAGGUGAACAAGAUGGUUUAGUAUUAAGUACAGGCAAAGAGCUUCAGUAUUUAUUUCCUUUUGUACUGAACUGAUUUUCAGGUCCACUGAUGAACUCUUUUUCAUUUUGCAAGGGCACACAUUAGGUUUGUGUAAUAAAUUUCCAGGGGUUCAGAUGCAUGCCAAUCAAUAACAUAUUUAAAUUAUUAUUUUGAACCAAAUGUAAUUUUCUUAGAUGGUUAUUGGCUUUUAAAAAAGGCCCAGUUAUUGAUUAAUGGUGCCUUUUAACACUGCACUAUUAUUCCUUCUUUCACCAAAAUGCAUAUGUAAAGAUCGUGCCUAUUACUUUUUGUAAUGGAAGCUAACCACGCUUGCACACUUGUGGUUUGACUCUAGAUCUCCUUUGAUUAUGUAUUCUUUGUUCUGUUGAGGUGGUUCUGAACCCCUGUGCAUUUUUUAAACCUGUAAGAAA